AUGGCCGCCGCCGCCGUUCAAAUCCCGAGACAGCCGGACAUUUCAUAUGCUCCCGACUAUGACAACUACCUCAACCGCAUCAAGCGGCGUCAAGAGACGGAAAAGUUGGAGACUUCCCUGCCCGAGGGCUUUCCUGCCAAGCUUGAAUCCGAUCUUGUCUGGGACGGGAGAAACUUGGCUGAUACGUAUGACUGGAACUACGUUUUGACUGAGAGGGAUGUUGCGGAGGUCGACCAAGCUCUUCGGCAUUUCAAGUCUCUAAACCUGGACUUGGGCUACGUUACCCCCGAGACAUUCCCCUUGCCGGAACUCCACGAUACCCUACGAGAAAUCUCAAAAGAGGUUCACCUAGGCCACGGUUUCAAAGUCGUCAAGGGCGUACCAGUCGAUAAGUACACUCGCGAGGAGAACGUCAUAAUCUACGCCGGCAUUGCAUCGCACGUCGCCCCCAUCCGUGGCCGCCAGGAUCACCAAUACAACGGGAAGCCAGCUGAUGUCGUUCUCGCGCACAUCAAGGACCUCAGCCAGGAGAUUGACCCUCAUAAGAUUGGAGCGCCGGCGUACACGGCCGACAAGCAGGUUUUCCACACCGAUGCUGGCGAUGUGAUUGCUCUCUUUGCCCUGGGCGAGCCCGAAGAAGGCGGCCAAAGCUUCUUGUCCAGCAGCUGGCAUGUGUACAACGAGCUCGCAGCAACACGCCCCGACCUUAUUCGAACCCUAUCCGAGCCUUGGGUGGUCGACGAGUUUGGAAAGCGUGGCAGGACCCAUACCGUGCGGCCUCUUCUGUACUUCCAGCCUGCAACUGAAGACACACCCCAGCGCCUCAUAAUCCAAUACGCGCGCCGCACUUUCACAGGAUACUGGGGUCUUCCCCGAUCGACAGACAUUCCUCCCAUCACCGAGGCUCAAGCUGAGGCUUUGGAUGCCUUGCACUUCACGGCUGAGAAGUAUCGCGCCGCCCUCGACUUCCACAAGGGCGACAUUCAGUUCGCCAACAACUUGAGCAUCUUCCAUGCCCGCGAGAAGUUCAGAGAUUCUCCAGAGAAGAGGUACCGCACCAUCAUGGGCAUUCGAUAG